CUCCCUCCUCCRCGCCGGGGGGCACAGAUGGGAGGAGACGCUGCUCCGUGUCUUUUCUCCUGCAGCGGGCUCUUCGCAGGACCGGAGGAAGAGGAGAAGCUCCACCGACAGGAUCUCCACAUCCUCCCCGCCGCUCUUCUCUCUUUCUCCGGGUGUGUCCGCAUCCCGGCCUUUCUUUCUUUCCUUUGUUGUCUUUUUUUUUUUUUUUCUUUCAUGGACGGAGAAGCUUUGGAGCCAGUCUCCGUGUUACGUGGAUUUAACCCCCCCUCCAGUGAUUGGGACAUGAGUCCUCCUUUCCUGGUGGAUGUGCCGCUCGUCUCCUCCGUUUUCUGGCCGCUGAGGGGCUGAAGAUGCGGCUGCAUGGUGGCGCGGGUACCUGUCCUGGUUCCGUACCGGCUCGGUUCGUCCCUGUAGACUGAUCCAUGCUGCUCGACUGAUUUUUUUUAAUUUUAUUUGUGUUAUUUCUAUUUAUAUAGAAAAUAAAAUAAAAUCGGGACCCAUCACCUGCACCCUGCCAGAUGGAUAACUACUCCACUUUACCACUGCAGUGUCUGGAAAUGACCACCAAACGGAAGCUGAUUGGCCGGCUGGUGCCGUGCCGUUGUUUCCGUGGUGAGGAGGAAGUGAUCUCAGUGUUGGACUACUCCCACUGCAGCCUUCAGCAGGUCCCCAAGGAAAUCUUCAGCUUCGAGAGAACCCUGGAGGAGCUCUAUCUAGACGCCAACCAGAUAGAGGAACUACCUAAGCAACUGUUUAACUGCCAGGCCCUGAAGAAGCUCAGCAUGCCCGAUAACGACCUCUCCAACCUUCCCACC